AUGAGAUCAAUCAAACGCAUUUUUUCAUCAAACGCAUCAACGUCCCCAUCAGAACCCGCAAAAAAAUCAUCUCAACAGCAUGCUAGAUUCUUUCGUUCGAAUUCAGGCCCCAUCAUAAUAGAAUCGAACCAGGAGAAGAAACCAACAAAAGGCGCCGGCGCAUUACAUUUGGAUACAAAUAUUCAACAACAUCAUCGGUUUCAUUCUGCUGCGAAUUCCCCCAUAAGUUAUAAUGCACCUAGUUAUAAUACUACCCCGACCACGGGGACAAAUUCACCGAUUGACACCGAAUUAUUUAAUUAUCAUCGCCAAAAUAAUCCUUUAAUAUCAUCACAACUCAUCAACAGACAAAAAAACAUACCCCCAAUAAGUAUAUCGAUACCUCCUUCAUCCACUCCCGUGGAUCAACCGUCUCCUAUUACGCGACAAAAUCAAGCGGACGAAUUUAUUCAACAGGCCAUACAAUUUCAUGAGGCCAAUGAAUUGGAGAAAGCUACUUAUUACUUUAAAUUGGCCGCAGAUAAGGAUAGUCCCCUUGGUCUAUUCCUUUACGGUAUCGCUUUAAGGCAUGGUUGGGGUUGUAAACCAAAUCCUAAAUUGGCCGUACGUUUCCUUCAAAAGGCUGCAGAAUCUGCCGUACAUGACUUACAUACCACAAUGGCCGCAAGUCCUUCUAUCGCUCGCCAUGAGUUGGUUUUGGCUAUUUAUGAAUUAGGCGUUUGUUUUCGACAUGGCUGGGGUGUACCAAAGAAUAAGCAAACCGCAGCCUAUUAUUUCGAAAUUGCUGCCAAUUUUGGUGAUCCAGAUGCUCAAAAUGACAUCGGUUUCUGUUAUGCAAAUGGUGAAGGCGUAAAGAAAGAUAUGAAAAAAGCCGCAAAGUUUUACCGAUUGGCCGCUGCGCAAGGUUCUAGCAUAUUAGGGAAUUCAUGGAUCUAUAAAAAGAAAUAUGAUGAUUAA